CCAGACGCAAGUUGCACUUCGACAUAGCGAUUCCUGGAAGAUUCUAGUCUUCCAUCAGCGCUAUUAAUCAAAACAAAACUAUCAAACUCUUAUCUUUCUCUUUCACACCUGUGCUAAACCUCUUAUCAAAAAUGAAAUUCAUGAUUGUUGCAGCUUGCUUGGCGCUGGCGUGCGGAGCCCACGCUAACGGUGGCUGGACCGGCCCUCCGGCCAACAUCGCCCUGUCACAGGACGGCCGCAACAUCCUCGACACACCCGAGGUGGCGCAGGCCCGCGCCGCACACAUCUCAGCCCUGCAGCGCGCCUCACAGAACAACCCCAACCCCAACGACGACGGCUCCUACAACCCCGCUUGGGACAACGAGGAGUACUGGCAGCGCGCCGACCAGAACAAGUGGAACGCGCCCGCUCCCCAGUGGAACGCUGCUCCCGCUCAGUCCUGGAACGCCGCCCCCGCUCAGUCCUGGAACGCCCCCGCCCCCGCGUGGAACGCCGCCGGCCCCGCCCCCCCCCCCGUCGCCGAGACCCCUGAGGUCGCUCAGGCCCGCGCCGCUCACCUCGCCGCCUUGAGCGCCGCCAAGUCCGCCGCCCCCGCCCAGCAGCAGUGGAACGCGCCUGCUUCCCAGCAAUGGAACGCCCCCGCUCCUCAACAGUGGAACGCUCCCCAGCAGCAGUGGAACGCCCCCGCUCCCCAGUGGAACGGCGCUCCCUCGUGGCAGAGCAACGGCGCCCACCAGGCGGCCAACAUCCAGCUGGCGCGUGACGGCUCCGGCAUCCUCGACACACCUGAAGUAGCGGCGGCGCGCGCGGCUCACCUCGCGGCGCACCAGCAGGUCGCACACAACGCGCCCCCCGCACACCCCCAGCAGCACUGGUGAACCCUCCUCCCUCCCCUCCGCCGCUGGGUGCAGCACUAACCCGCAUGUCCCGGUGACCCCGCGCUAGUUCUCCACCCAGCCGCCAUCUUUCUUUCCUUCGAUCUCUUCUUCAUUUAGGAACUAUUGUAAAGUGCAAGUGCGUCAGCCUAUUCUAUCCUUGUGGCUUUUUGUUACUUUUAUAAACAAAUUUCUAUUGAACGAACUUUUGUACAUAAUAAUUAUAUGUAUGCGUAAUAAACGAAUUUAUGAAACCGAAAAUAAUUCGAAA